UCAGAAGUCAUGUCACCAAAGUGUCAAAACUGAAAUUGAACUUUAUGCAUAAAUGCACUAUGUUGCUCUGUGGUUUCGGACGGAUCAAUCCGUUAUUGGCGUUGAACUUGUGGUUCAGAUAUAUCCGUCGUUGGCGUCGAAAAGGUUAAAGGUGACAUUCGGAUGGCAACUGCGAUGCAAACUCCGAAUGCCACCUGAACUUGAUAACCUCCAAAAUGCUGGACAUAACCUUUGACCCUCUAUCCUCGUUUUUUUCUUUAACAGAAUCAUUACAACUAUUAAGCGCUAAGGUGGUUUGAACUUAUCUGUGUGGAGGUUUGAGCUCAACGAGGGUGCGGAGUGUUAGGGUCGGCAACGCGCAUGUAACUCCUCUGGAGUUGCAGGCGUACAUAGGCUACGGAGACUGCUUACCAUCAGGCGGGCCGUAUGCUUGUUUUCCACCGACGUAGUGUAAAAAAAUGUUUGUGUUAAUUCAAGGGUUAAAACUGAUUUCAGGUGCGUAAUUCCUGAAUGCGAGGACAGUUACACUGCCACCUUCGCUCCACCUUGGAUCCUGGAUGCUGUGCCAUCAUCAGGUGACUUCUUGGACAACUGCCACCGUUAUGCAACAACAAGUAAAGCUGGGAAUACUUCCGACUGUACAGGAAUAUUGUUUGACACCAAUUCGACUUUGCAAUGCGAGGAGUAUGUUUAUGAGCAUAAUAACUCCGCUUUUUAUGAGUUCAACCUGGCUUGCGACGACUUCCUCCCGACCCUGGUGGGCUCCGUCAACACCCUGGGCAUGAUGAUCUGCCUGCCCAUAACUGGCUUCUUCUCCGACCUUUAUGGCCGCCGGCUGGCGCUGGCGCUCACCAACUUUAAUCUAGCUUGGAUUGGGAGCUUGACAUAUUUUGCGGGCUCCUAUAUCAGCUAUAUUUCUCUGUCAUUUCUGACCAAUCUUUUUGGAUCUUGUUACUUUUCCUGCGCUUAUAUUUUAGGUAAGCUAUGAGAAAGUAAUGUAUAUCUAGUCAAUUGUAUUUGUUUGUAUUUUUUGUUGUUUUGUGUUGUUGUUAUUUAAGAGGCGUCCAGGAGACUUGUCUAGAUGGGAUAGGUAGGAGACUUGAACUAUUAAAUGUGGGUAUAAUAGAAAGCAAAAACCGGAAUUUUUAUUUUUUUGCAUGCAUGCGUAAUAUCUGACCCCCUUAUUCAUAAACGUCUACUAAAGUUGACAAGCCGCUAAUAAUAAUAAAGGUUAAAAGUUGUUAAUGAUUCAAGUAUCCCACCUGAGAAAGUCUCCCGUACACGCCCUCGGCCUCAGUAUAUUAUUCUAAUAAAGUAUAUGAUUGCAGCCUUGGAAUAUGUUGGACCAAAAUACCGAGUAGUAACUGGUAUCACCAUGAGCACAUGUCUCGCUAUAGGAAAGACGCUGUUGGGCCUGAUCGCCUGGAUGGAACCUUAUUGGAGGCAUCUGAUCCUCAUUAUUUAUUUACCUCUAUUCGUGUUCGUGAUUUAUUUCUGGAUUGCGCCAGAGUCUGUCCGCUGGCUGAUAAGCAAAGGCCGAUAUCAAGAUGCCCUGGAUAUUUUGAAAGAAGCUGCUGAAAUAAACGGCAGAUUUCUAAAAGAAAAUACAAUUAAGGAUUUUACGGACGUAAAAGAUAUUGAGACGAAAGAAGAAGAUAGUUCUGAACAGUGGUUAGUGUGUUUGGUCUUCAAACAUAAGCCAAUAUUAUUCCGUUGUGUAGUGACACCAAUAUGGUGGAUUUCAUCAAUUUUAAUGUAUUAUGGCUUAACGAUAUGUUCCAUAGGAAUAUCUGGAAACAAAUAUCUUAAUUUUUCUGCAACGAUUGCCAUUGAAAUCCCAGGUUAUUGGAUAGCUGUUUUGCUUCUGGAUAGAAUUGGGAGGAAAGCUGUAUUAGUGACAGGAUUUUGGAUAACUGGAGCCUGUCAAGUUGCUUUUAUAUUUAUAUCUAAAGGUGAGUUUAGAAAUUAUUGGCUGUCCUUGUCAGUGUACCUGAUUGGCAAGAUGUGUAUUGCCGGAGUGUCGACGUCCCUCUACGUGUACACCGCCGAACUGUUCCCAACGCGAUUCAGAUCCAGUCUGCUGUCUUAUUGCUCUAUGAUGGGACGGGUUGGUGGAAUUUUAGCACCGCUUAUGCCAGGCUUAGCAGCAGUGGUAUGGGAGCACCUCCCGUUCCUGGUGUUCGGCGUGCUGGCACUGGUGUCCGGCCUGCUGGUGCUGCUGGCGCCGGAGACCCUCGGCGCACCCCUGCCUGACUCCAUGGAGGAGGCUGAGGAACUUGGCAAGGAAGCACCUGGGUUCAAGCAGCAUUUAAGGACUCUUGUGUUUAGAAGCCAAAGUUAUACUAUUCGAUAG